AUGACCAACAACGUUAUAAGUAACAGUUCACAAACUUUACAGAAUUUACUUUUUAGUGAAGAAUUUAACAAACCACCGUCAACAUCUAGCACAAAUCAUAAUGAUAUCGGGGACGAAGCUAUUUUAACAGAUGUUGAAACUUAUAACAAAUGUCAAAGGUUAUAUAUUACGGGGGAUUUUAUUCAAGUUUUAGAAGAGUUUGAUAAACAUAAUAAACUGGACGCUAAUAUUGCAACAACAAACAACAAAACCAAUAAAAAAUGGGACGAAUUAUUGUAUAUUACAUUGAAUUCUAUGGAAACUUUGCAUUUUGAUGAUGAACAUACAAACUUGUAUGAUAAGAUUGGCAAAUAUUUACAAAAUCAUAAAGUUAACGAGGUUUAUAACAACAACAAGAAUAAUAAUGAUAAUGAUGGAACCAAGGCCAUUACUGUUUCAGAUUUGAAUUUAGAUUUGAAUUUAAAAUAUUUUCAAAGUUAUUUUAAAUAUAUUAAGGAUAAGGGUAAUAGUACUAGGAAUGGCUCCACGAAUUUUAAGGAAAUGAGAGCUUUUUCCCUGGUUAUUUCAGAUUUUAUUGAAACAAAAUUAUUACAGAUUGGUGCCAUCUUCAAUAGUGACACUGAUAAUGAAAAUAACAAUAAUAGAAAUGAUAUAUUGGAAAAACUUUACAUGUUAAUUGAGUUUUUCAUUUUUGAAGUGGAAAUUAACGGAUUACAUAAAGUUAGAUCACUAAAGUUGUAUGAUAACGUGAUGAAGAAACAUUAUUCAAUAUUUUCAAAUACUAAGUAUGAAAAUAUUAUUAAAAAAAAACUUGGAAAAUUUGAAAAAAAUGGUAGUAAUAUUACUUCUAAAAACAAAGGAACAGAUUCUUUACAUCAUGGCAGUAGUAGUAUUAGAGAACACAAACUGAAUAAAAAUAGUGGCGAGCAGACGAAAUACGAUGGUAAUGAUUUAUCAUUAACUAAAUUCUGCUCUAGCAAAAUUUCAAAGAUUUUGAAGUUUACCGGUGUUAAUGGUAAUAAUAACAUUUUAACAAGGCUGUGUUCACAUUUUUUGCAAGACAAAGGGGCCGAUGGAAAUGAUAUAACAUUUUUAGGAGUUUUUAAAAAGAAUAAAAUGUUGAUUAUAAGUAUUACUAUAUUAAUUGUGAUGAUGAGAAAAAGGAUUUCUAAGGGGAAAUUGAGAUUAGGAUUUAACACAACAAGGGCUUUAAAUUUAUUUAAAAAAACAAUUUAUAAAUUGGUAUCUAUAAUUUGA